CAGUGAGGAAAGGAGGGGGGUAGAAGAGAGUAAAGGGCUGUUGUUAAACAGUUUCUUACCGUAAGAGGGAGUUCAGACCUAGAUCUUUCCAGUUAAUCACACAACAAACUUAGCUCAUCGCAAUAAACAGCAGCGCAGAGCCGACGGGCUCUUUUAGGCACUGAGCCGGACCAGGAUUCUUGCACCCAGGCAUCUCCUGCGGCGAGACCCGCCAGCACGUCCAGCAGCACCAUGUGGGUGACCAAACUCCUGCCAGUCCUGCUGCUGCAGCAUAUCCUCCUGCAUCUCCUGCUGCUUCCCAUCUCCAUCCCCUAUGCAGAAGGACAGAAGAAAAGAAGAAACACACUUCAUGAAUUCAAAAAGUCAGCAAAGACUACUCUAAUUAAAGAAGACCCAUUACUGAAGAUAAAAACAAAAAAAAUGAACAGUGCAGACCAAUGUGCCAAUAGAUGUAUUAGGAAUAAAGGACUUCCAUUCACUUGCAAGGCCUUUGUUUUUGAUAAAGCAAGAAAACGAUGCCUCUGGUUCCCUUUCAAUAGUAUGUCAAGUGGAGUGAAAAAAGAGUUUGGCCAUGAAUUCGACCUCUAUGAAAACAAAGACUACAUUAGAAACUGCAUCAUUGGUAAAGGAGGUAGCUACAAAGGAACAGUAUCUAUCACUAAGAGUGGCAUCAAAUGCCAGCCCUGGAAUUCCAUGAUACCACACGAACACAGCUUUUUGCCUUCGAGCUAUCGGGGUAAAGACCUACAGGAAAACUACUGUCGAAACCCUCGAGGGGAAGAAGGGGGACCUUGGUGUUUCACAAGCAAUCCAGAGGUACGCUACGAAGUCUGUGACAUUCCUCAGUGUUCAGAAGUUGAAUGCAUGACCUGCAAUGGGGAAAGUUAUCGAGGUCCCAUGGAUCAUACAGAAUCAGGCAAGAUUUGUCAGCGCUGGGAUCAUCAGACGCCACACCGACACAAAUUCUUGCCAGAAAGAUAUUCUGACAAGGGCUUUGAUGAUAAUUAUUGCCGCAAUCCUGAUGGCAAGCCGAGGCCAUGGUGCUAUACUCUUGACCCUGACACCCCCUGGGAGUACUGUGCAAUUAAAAUGUGCGCUCACAGUACUACGAAUGACACAGAUGUCCCUGUGGAAACCACUGAAUGCAUUCAAGGUCAAGGCGAAGGUUACCGGGGCACCACCAAUACCAUUUGGAAUGGAAUUCCAUGUCAGCGUUGGGAUUCCCAGUACCCUCAUCAGCAUGACAUAACUCCUGAAAAUUUCAAGUGCAAGGAUCUAAGAGAAAAUUAUUGCCGAAAUCCAGAUGGGGCUGAGUCACCCUGGUGUUUUACCACGGAUCCAAACAUCCGAGUUGGCUACUGCUCGCAAAUUCCAAAAUGUGACGUGUCAAGUGGACAAGAUUGUUAUCGUGGGAAUGGCAAAAAUUAUAUGGGCAAUUUAUCCAAAACGCGAUCUGGACUAACUUGUUCCAUGUGGGACAAGAACAUGGAAGACUUACACCGGCACAUCUUCUGGGAACCAGAUGCUAGUAAGCUGAAUAAGAAUUACUGCAGGAAUCCUGAUGAUGAUGCUCAUGGUCCCUGGUGUUACACAGGGAAUCCUCUCAUUCCUUGGGAUUAUUGCCCUAUUUCUCGUUGUGAAGGUGAUACCACACCUACAAUAGUCAAUUUAGACCAUCCUGUAAUAUCUUGUGCCAAAACAAAACAAUUGCGAGUUGUAAAUGGAAUUCCAACAAGAACAAAUGUGGGGUGGAUGGUUAGUUUGAAAUACAGAAAUAAACAUAUCUGCGGAGGAUCAUUGAUAAAGGAAAGUUGGAUUCUUACUGCAAGACAAUGUUUCCCUUCUCGAAACAAAGACUUGAAAGAUUAUGAAGCUUGGCUUGGAAUUCAUGAUGUCCAUGGAAGAGGAGACGAGAAACGCAAACAGGUUCUAAAUGUUUCCCAGCUGGUAUAUGGGCCCGAAGGAUCAGAUCUGGUAUUACUGAAACUUACUAGGCCUGCUGUCCUGGACGAUUUUGUUAGUACAAUUGAUUUACCUAAUUAUGGAUGCACAAUUCCUGAAAAAACCACUUGCAGUGUUUAUGGCUGGGGCUACACUGGAUUGAUCAACUCUGAUGGUCUCUUACGAGUAGCACAUCUCUAUAUUAUGGGGAAUGAGAAAUGCAGCCAAUACCAUCAAGGGAAGGUGACUCUGAAUGAGUCUGAAAUAUGUGCUGGGGCUGAAAAUAUUGUAUCAGGACCAUGCGAGGGGGAUUAUGGUGGCCCACUUGUUUGUGAACAACAUAAAAUGAGAAUGGUUCUUGGUGUCAUUGUUCCUGGUCGUGGAUGUGCCAUUCCAAAUCGUCCUGGUAUUUUUGUCCGAGUAGCAUAUUAUGCAAAAUGGAUACACAAAAUUAUAUUAACAUAUAAGGUACCACAGUCAUAGCUGAUGUAACCACGUCUGAAGCUUCCAUCAAUACAACUUUCUUUUACAUGAAGAUUUCGGAGAACAUGGAAUUAAAAUGUCACUUAAAACAAUCCUAAGACAACUACUUGAGUGUCAUGUUUGUUAAGAUACUCAUUAAUAUUUAUGGAUGUUUUCUGUUGUUUUGUUUGUCAGUGUUAUUUUGUAAAUGUUGAAGUGAAUUAAGGUACAUGCAAGUGUAGUAACAUAUCUCCUGAAGAUACUUGAAUGGAUUAAAAAAUGCAAAGGUAUAAUUGCUAGAUGAUAAAAGAUUUAAUGGAAAAGAUCAAUUAUUCUCUCUACGCUGCUUUCCAAGGUUAGUUUCUUAAUAAUGAAUAAAACAUAAGUUAAACAUUAUUUUAACCUCACAAAAGCAAUUUAUACCUUGUGUCCUUAAAUUGUAACUCUAUAUCAAAUUAUAUUACCUUUCAUAUGCCAUACAUUAUAUUUCAUUCAUUUCCCCUUAACGUGUAUCCUGUAAUACUGGUCCACGUAACUUUUUACAAAAUAAUGUACCCAUAUACACAUUGCCUGGGUACGCGUGUACAUGCACUAGAGUUCAAAUUGUGGUGUAUCUCAUGUAACCCCUAAAUAAUCUGAAAGUGUGUUCCUAUAGUUUUCCUUAAGA